AAGACAUGGAGCUGGGCUUCUCCGCGUCCUUCGCCAGCCUGUUGCUUGCGGUUCUGCUGUUUCCAGAACUGCCCCAUUCCCAGGAUGCAGACCACUUAGCCACUGAGCCUGCCACAGUAGCCCAGCAGCUACCUGCUGAACAAAAACAUCCGCGGUCACCACGCCAAGGAAACUACCACAACAUAGUCCCACGCACCCCACCUUUUUAUGACCCUGGAGAUUAUUUCAAAGUCGUUGACUGCAGGAGAACUGGAGGCGUCUGUCAAGAAUUUUGUUAUUAUAUGGAAACACAAAUGGGCUACUGCUCGGAAAAGAAAGACUCGUGUUGCGUGCGUCACCAAUGAUGUCACUGAAGCAGAGGUGCGCACUCUGCGUGCCUCCCAGCUCCUAGGAGCCACAGUGCCAGCAGGCUUUUGGAGCAGGGACUGCUCAGGAGGAGCUCCGAUGGCGUGUCCAGAGCCAGGCUGGCUUAACAGCUUAUUCUAACAAAACAUGUUUUAAAAAUUGACUGCUCAUGACCUUAGAGAUGUCAGCUAUCUAGAGA